AUGGCUCAUUCAUCUCCCCCGGCCACAGAGGAGAAACGGCCAUCCCUUCCAGGAUCUCAGCGCAAAACGGCAUUGAGAGAUUUUAUUCGCAUCUUCUCGUUUUCGACAUGGCUGGACAAAGCAAUCUUCGUCGUUGCUCUGGUAUCCUCCCUAGGGGUUGGCGCCACCAUGCCCGCUAUGAACAUCAUUUUCGGUCGGAUGGUGGGUUCAUUCACCGGAUACUUCAGCGCGGAUCCUUCAACGACUUAUGAAAUGUUCAACGACGCCAUUAAUACAUGCGCGCUAUAUCUUGUCGGCCUAUUUGGUAUCCGACUCGCUCUUGACUACGUAGCCUAUCCUGUCUCCACUCUCGAUGUCCUCCCGCCCGGGCAGACGGCCGCCAUCAUUACCCUCACAGCAAGCACGCUACAGUCUGGGAUAUCUCAGAAGCUCUCGGCUCUACUUCAGGCGGUAUCAACCGUUGUUUCUGCCUUCAUCAUCGCCAUGUGCUACAGCUGGUCACUUGCCUUGAUCACCAGCAGUGGUCUGGUCUUGAUUAUCGCGACCUAUGUGACAACCACCCCUCCUCUAGUCAAGCGACUGAACGAGGUACAACACGCGGACAUCCAAGCUUCCACCGCCGCGAAUGAAGUUUUCAGUUCCGUCAGAAUGGUUGCUGCUUGUGGGGCAGAAGAGAAAAUGCUGAGAAGAUAUGCGAAGUGGGUGGAUGAAUCUCGCCGCCGUGGUCUGAAGAUGUCUCCCAUCAUCGCAAUACAGCAAGCUCCAAUCCAGUUCGCCGUGUACAGCACAUUCGGUCUCUCGUUUUGGUACUCUCUCAAGAUGCACAUGGACCUACAAAUCAGCAGUGCGGAAACCCUGAUCGUUGUCCUCAUGUCCGUCAUGCUCAUGACCACCGCCAUCAGCGGCAUCACAGCUCCGUUGUCCGCCGCCGCACGAGCUGCGGGAGCAGCCACGAUAUUCUACAGUAUCAUUGACGCUCCGAAGCCUGACAAGUCUGGCGUUAAGCACCCUGAGGUGUCCGCAUCGGCCGACAUUGUUCUUGAUCAUGUCAACUUUGCUUACCCCACCAGGCCAGGUCUUAAAGUCCUGGAUGAGCUAUGCCUUCGCUUCCCCGCUGGCAAGGUGACUGCAAUUGCUGGGCCAUCCGGUUCUGGAAAGAGCACCAUUGUCGGGCUGUUGGAACGGUGGUAUGAGAUCGAAUCGCCAGACAGCGGUCACAAGAGCCUAUCCUGGCGUAACGGCUCCAUUACUAUCGGUGGCCGGCCGCUAAGAGAGAUUGAUCUGAAAUGGUGGAGGAACCAAAUUGGCCUUGUCCAACAAGAGCCAUGUCUCUUCAACAACACUAUCUACGCCAAUGUCGAGUUUGGCCUCAUCGGUACUGAAUGGGAGAGCUCGGAUACAGAGACGAAGGAACAUCUUGUGAAGCAAGCAUGCAUUGAAGCCUUCGCAGACGAGUUUAUCAACCGCUUGCCUGAUGUAGGUCUACUCGCCUCCCCCAUCGCAACCUCAACCGGUGCUGACACACAUCAGGGAUAUUCCACCACAGUAGGAGACGCCGGGAUCAAACUCAGCGGUGGUCAGCGCCAGCGGCUGGCCAUCGCGAGAAGCAUUGUCAAGCGGCCGAAGAUUCUGAUUCUAGACGAGGCAACAAGCAGCAUUGAUGUUCGAGGAGAGCAGGUUGUUCAAGCUGCUCUGGAUAAGGUGUCAAAAAACAGAACAACGCUCGUCAUUGCACACCGCCUAGCUACUAUUAGAAAAGCAGACAACAUUAUUGUCCUUCGGAAGGGCGUAGCGGUACAACAAGGCACCCAUGAUGAUCUCAUGGCGCAGACAGGGGGCGCAUAUUUCGCCUUGGCCACCGCUCAGCAACUCGCGACGGCAUCCGAAGAGCAAGAGGCCGAUAUCUUACCGACUGGGAAUGUUGAGGUUACCGAGAAGAAGAGCAUGGCAACAAUCGCAACCGAGACGACAUUGGUCGAGUCAGCCUCUGACAGGGGGGGCGAUUCGGAAGCCCAGUCCAAGGCCCGUGGGUUCUGGAGGACCUUCUUUUUGCUCCUUGGCGAGCAAAAACAUCGAAGGAUGUGGUACACAAUACUUCUUCUCAGUGCCAUAGGUGGGGGUUCCAGCCAACCCAUCCAAGCAUACCUGUUCGCAACCGAGCUUACACUCUUCCAGUUCUGGGGGGAUUGGCUCCCCGCUGCCGCAAAUUUCUGGAGCUUGAUGUUUGUUAUGCUCGCUCUCUUUGUGGCGGCUAGCUACUUUGCAUUGGGAUGGUCUUCAUCCACCAUCGCCUUCCACAUUACCCACUACUACCGCGGGGAAUACUUCAGCAACAUCCUUUCCAAGUCGGUAGCCUUCUUCGAUACCGACGCCCACUCCGUCGGCGCUCUCACGGCUCAGCUGGCCACUGAUCCGAGCCAGCUCCAGGAGCUUCUUGGUACAAACAUGGCGUUUGUCGCCAUCUCCAUUCUCAACAUCGUUGGUUGUUCAGCGAUUGCGUUCUAUUUUGGCUGGAAACUCACCAUAGUAACCCUCUGCUCUUCGAUGCCCCUGAUUAUUGGCGCGGCGUUUUUCAGGAUCCGACAUGAAAGGCAGUUCGAGAAGAUGAACGACGAAGUCUUUGCAGAAAGUGCAAAGUUUGCUACUGAGUCUAUCGGGGCGUUCAGGACUGUCUCGGCCUUGACGCUUGAGGAUACCAUCACUCGGCGUUACAAGACCCUCCUCCGAGAACAUAUCAACAAGGCAUUUUGGAAAUCAAGUUGGACAACCCUCGUAUUUGCCGCGGCAGACAGUGUUGUUUUGCUUUGCAUGGCUUUUGUGCUCUGGUACGGAGGCGGGCUCAUGUUGAAGGGCGAGUAUACCUCAUUUCAGUACAUGGUUGUUUACAUCGCGGUGAUGCAGGUAAAUCCCCCUCCCCCAUACAUCGUUACACGGCCACUAAUCUGUUCAGGGGGCUCUCGGUACAGGGCGAUGGCUCAGCCAUUCGCCGAGUAUGUCUCCUCGCUCUGUUCGUUGGAUUCAAAACUGACGGCGGAAACAGACCUUGCAAAAGCCUCGCUAUCGGCAAACCGAAUCAUAAGCAUGAGGGGCACUGAUCAGGUUAACGGGAAGCUCAUUUCUCUUGAUGUUGGAAACAUUGGAGAGGAUGACAUGGGGGUCAAAGUCCAGUUUCAGAACGUGUGGUUCAGAUACCCCACUCGAGAUGUGCCCAUCUUGAAUGGUCUCAACUUGACGAUCGAGAAAGGGCAAUUCGCGGCCAUUGUCGGCCCUUCAGAUUUUACACCGCGAACGCCGGCCGAGUUGCCUACAAUGGUCUGGAUAUUUCUGAUCUUGACCUGA